AAAUGGAAUAACAGUCUUUGACUAGUGAAUCAUGGUCAUCACAUUUUGGAAAUAUCUAUGAUUAAAGAAUACUAAUCUCCAUCUAUUUAUUAUUCCCAAUCAUUUUGAUAUUCUUCUUUCUCAGUCUAAGGUAAUUAAUCAUUUAUGAGAUUUUAGAGAUCUGGAAAGACUUGAGAAUUAAGAGAAAUAUGACAUGACACAUUCUCACUACUAGCCAGAUGUAUAUAAUAAUUUGGUCUCUUAGUGGACUAGAUAAGGAAUUGAAAAUUUGAAAAAUGAUAAACGAUAUGUUUAAUGGUAAUAACAAAAAGAGAGAGAAUUGGAACUAAGAUCAUAAGAAUCAAGCAAAUUAUCAAUUAGAUAAUCAUAAAAAUGA